AGAGAGAGAGAGAGAGAGAGAGAGAGUCUGUGAAGAACACUUCUUCCUCUUCUCGCCUUCCUAGGGUUUUACAUUAGCAAUGAAGCUUGCGGGCUUGAAAUCUGUUGAAAACGCUCAUGAAGAAUCAAUUUGGGCAGCUACUUGGGUUCCUGCAACUGACACUCGACCAACGCUUUUGCUAACUGGUUCACUUGAUGAGACAGUUAAGUUGUGGCGACCAGACGAGCUCGUCUUGGAGGGAACAAACACUGGACACUGCCUUGGCGUUGUAUCGGUUGCAGCUCAUCCUUCUGGAGUGAUAGCAGCUUCCGCUUCUCUUGAUAGUUUUGUGCGAGUUUUCGAUGUUGAUACAAACGCCACGAUCGCCACUCUUGAAGCCCCCCCUUCGGAAGUCUGGCAAAUGCAGUUUGAUCCCAAGGGUACAAUUCUGGCAGUUGCUGGCGGGGGCAGUGCAUCAGUCAAGCUAUGGGACACUGCUACGUGGCAGCUAGCUGCCACUCUUACUGUUCCCCGUCCUGAGGGAUCCAAUCCUUCUGAUAGGAGUGGGAGUGGCAAGUUUGUCCUUUCUGUUGCAUGGAGUUUAGAUGGGAGACGUUUGGCUUGUGGGUCAAUGGAUGGCACAAUCUGUGUCUUCGAUGUUGCCCGUGCCAAAUUUCUACACAACCUGGAAGGCCAUUGCAUGCCUGUGAGAUCGCUCGUAUAUUCCCCUGUUGACACACGAGUACUGUUUUCGGCCUCAGAUGAUUCUCAUGUGCACAUGUACGAUGCCGAGGGAAAGAACCUGUUUGGGGCCAUGUCAGGUCAUGCAAGCUGGGUUUUGAGUCUGGAUGUGAGCCCUGAUGGUUCUGGACUUGCAACAGGUUCAAGUGACCGAACUGUACGGCUUUGGGACCUGAACAUGAGGGCCGCUGUGCAAACAAUGAGCAACCACACAGACCAGGUUUGGGGGGUGGCAUUUCGCCCUCCAGGAGGGACUGGUGUGCGGGCAGGUCGGCUCGUGAGUGUUUCAGAUGACAAGAGCAUAUCACUGUAUGAUUACUCAUGAAGGUAGCAAGCAAUCUUUUUUACUCGAGGACAAGGACUUUUUGUGGAUUAUCAAAUUGGUGCUACAUAAUAAGUUUUCUUUGCCCUAUUUUAGAUCUGUA